AUGGACUUCCAAGCCAGACAGCACCUUCAGGAAAUUUGUUCCAUCGCUGACUCCGAGGAGCAUGCCACACAAAGAGUUCGUACCGUCCAGGAGAGCUCCCUUUGUCAGAGUUUGGAUCAGAAGAGCAGUUCAUCUUACCACAUCGCACCUCUGGGAAUUCUGUCCACGAUGGUGACUGAGCAGCUCAAACUGCCAAUCUGUGCCUUUUUGCCGAUCAGUUCAGCAGCUGAAGUCUAUCUCGGCAAACAAAUCAACAAGUCAUCGCAGAAGGCAAAAAACAAGACAGAACAGUAUGCUCCGCUUACCUCUCAGCGAGACCAACAACAACUGCACCUCUUGCUCUUCAAACACUCAACUUUUGCUGCGUUUGUGACCGGCAUCUAUCGCCUCUGUCUCACCACUAUCCUUCUCGGGGUUUGCGUGUGCUGGUUACUCGCUUGCAAAUAUCUGAUCGCGCAAAUGUGCUCCAGAACCGUGUCGGUUUUGACAAACCGGGUGAGUCCCUUCGUCCUGGGAGAUGAUGCUUUAUGCAGUUCUGAAUACUGGCUGCACCCAUCUAAACUAUCCGCGUAA